ACGGCUGACCUGAUUAAGUGGGUGUGUCAUGUGAUACGUCGAGACGCUAUCAGCGUGUGUCGUGGAGUCGUGAGAAGACAGGUAAACUACACACCUAACACUGACAAGGAGCGUUACACAUAUACACCGGACAUUAAUAUACAGCUGUAGGUAAACAGACGCAGCUAUGGGCGUUUUAGUCGGAUGCAGUCGGAUCUUCUUGGUCAUCAUCAACGGUAUUUUUGCGGUGAUCGGGCUGGUGUUCCUCGUGGCGGGAUGUAUCGUGAGGUUCGGGUCGGGGAUACUGGACCCCUACCUCCAGGACCUGUACACGUCCCUCCAGCGCUUCAUGGAGCAGGCGGGGCAGUCCGUGGACCUCUCCAACUUCAACCUCGGCGACUACCUGCAGGACGCCACACUCGCCCUCAUCCUUCUCGGCGUCUUCUUCUUCAUCAUCGGCAUCUUCGGCUGCAUCGGCGGCUGCUGCAAAGUGCGCUGUAUGUUGAUAGUGUACGCUGUGCUGAUCAGCCUGAUAGUCCUGGCAGAGGUGCUGUUUGUCAUUCUGCUCUUCACCAUCAGAGAUACGGUGGACAACAACAUCAAAGGUCCCAUGAAGACAUCAAUCGAGGAGAGUUACACCGGCUUCAACAGCACGGACCUGGUGUCUCUCGGCUGGAACUUUGCCAUGGUCAAUUUUAAAUGCUGUGGUGUAGACAACUACACAGAGUUUCAGGAUGCGACGAAGUGGAUAAAUGAAUAUACACCGAAGCAAACCAACAUGAGCAUCACCCUAGCAGUCCCCAUUGCCUGCUGCAAACUCAAUGGAUCCUUCCCCAACAUAAAUCUGCCGACAGAAUUCACAUGUGCCACGGACCCAACAUCAGCCCUCUCCAACAUAGACAAGGGAUGCUACCAGGCUAUCUGGGACAUCAUCAACGACAACAGCAACAUCAUGAUCGGCGUUGGAGCGGGAGUGGUUGUGGUGGAGCUCCUGAUGAUCAUCUUGGCUUGUAUAGUCUGUUGUAAGGAGAAGAAAAAGAACGAUGAUUAUGAUUAUGACUACUGAUACAGCUGCGGCAUCACCAACAUCAUCGACAUCAUCGUGAACAACAGCUUCAUCGUGUUCUUUACUUCAUCAACGUUUCAGCAUUCAGUAUCGAUCUGAAUACGGAUCCAGUCCAACCAGUACUCAGAAUGUCUACGCUUGUUAAUUGUUUUGUUUUACUUUUGAAUGACCGUCGACUUUAGAGGGUUCCGGGAUUCGGGUUGGAAUACUUCCCCAGCAACCUAUGCUGGUCGUAAGAAGUGACCAAAUGGAUCGAGUGGUCAGACUCAAUCUCAUUCAAAUCUGAUCUUAGUUCUCGCUAUCGCUAAACAAAGAUCUGAGGACAUCCCAUUA